AUGGGAUCAAAAGAAGUGUCCGCGCGCAGCUUCUGGGUCGCGACACUGAACGAGCACGUGGGCAGCCGGCGGCCGGAGAUCGAGGAGGAUGCAGGCAGCGAGGACGCCAACGAGAUCCGAGUAUUGAAGGAGAGACGGCCACCGCCGCCGCCGCCGCCGCCGCCUGCGGCAGGACCGGACCACACCGUGGUGCUCUGGCUCCAGGAGACGGUGACCACGCUGAAGCGCCAGCUGGCCGAGCUGGCUGAGAGCGUCAACACAACCCAGCUGCUGCAGCUGCGGCAGGAGACGGCGGCGCGGUUCGACCUGGUGCAACAGGAGAUGCGACGCCUGGAAGACGCGCAGCGGCUGCUGCUCGCACAGCACGAGACCGGGCGCACCCAGCUGGCCCAACUGCGCACCGACCUGGCCGAGCUGCUGGCCAAGGCCCAGCACAGGGAGAACACGUACGCAGCCCUACUGGACGAGCGCACCGGCCGCCACCGCUUCCACCGACGCGUGCUGGCCGACGUGGUGGACGUGCUGUACAAGAAGCAGCUCGGCCUGGACGACCAGCUGCGCGCGGUCGACGAGAACGUGACGGCGCUGCGGGAGGGCCAGACGGCGGCGGCGGCGCGGCUGGCUGAGCUGGAGGAGGGUCUGGAGCGGAACGCGCGGCAGGAACGCCACCUCAGCUGGAGACUGAACGCCACGGAGGGGAACAGCAUCGCCAAGGCGAUCCAGGUGUCGACGUCCGAGCUGAUCCAGGAGGUGGAGCAGCUGGAGACGAAGCUGGACGGCAAGGUGGCGGAGAUGCAGACCGAAGUGGCGCGGCUGGACGUAAGCUGCAGUCAGCUGACCAGCUCCGUGCAGGACGUCCAGGCGCGGCAGGCGGCGCUGCCCGCGCAGACAGAGGCCCUGAGGCAACAGGUGGCAGCGCUGUCGCGGCAGCAGCUGGUCGCCCGCUCCCAGCUGCUGGCCCUGCAGGGAGACGUGCUUACACUGGCCCUGGAUCAGCCACCGGCGGGGACGGCUCUCGCCCCAGCGAGUCCACGAGACCAGCAGCUGACCACUGACACCAGGAACGGACUGGACAGGCCCGAACCGUGACGGCGCGCGGGACAGCGCGCAGCGCGCGCACGUUGGAGUGCCAAGUGUACAAGGUUUAGACGCCGACCGGCGCUAGUCAUCCCAUUGCUUUGCACCGCGUCUCUAGCGAGUUUGUCUCGUAAAUUGCCGUGUGUCGUUGCCGUACCGGCCGUUGAGGUGGGCGCGUCGCGGCCGCCGUGUAGGGAAACCAGGGUGUGCCGUGAAUCCGCUGUGGUUCCAAGCAACGUGAUCUAAAUGUUUUCACAGUCGUAGCAAAGAUGGCUCCACUGACAGCGCGGUGUGAACCGCAUAGGGUACUACGUAGCCCAUUAUUUGUAGUGUACACCACAUAUGUUCAGUAGUUGUACGCGACGACCGAGAUGUAAUGCCGAGCCAGCAGCUGUGCAGGGCUCCGUACAGCCGUAGCAGUGCACCGAGCCAGCAGCUGUGCAGGGCUCAGUACAGCCGUAGUAACGUACCGAGCCAGCAGCUGUGCAGGGCUCAGUACAGCCGUAGCAGUGUGCCGAACCAGCAGCUGUACAGGGCUCAGUACAGUCGGUAGCAGUGUGCCGAGCCAGCAGCUGUGCAGGGCUCUGUACACUCGGUAGCAGUGUGCCGAGCCAGCAGCUGUGCAGGGCUCCGUGCAGUCGGUAGCAGUGUGCCGAGCCAACAGCUGUGCUGUUGCCGUGUGCAA